GCACAUCUGCAUCGCGCAGUCCGCCGAGCAGCUGGCGGCCACACCAUCCGCGACACUCCUUUCCCAGUGCCACAUGGCAGCAUUUGUUCCACUUGGACCGCAGCGGAAGGAGGUGCCGACGUUUUAAACUGCAGCGUCGUUUGUGUUCUCCUACGCCAAGCGGAGGAAACGAUAUGCUGUGCCUGCGAGAGUCAGGCGAGUGUUUGAGGGAGCACAUGCACUACAUGAUGAGGUCUCUCCAGGACCUGAAGCAUCUGAGGAGGACGUGUCCCGCGGCCUGCAGACACGCUCGCCCUCCCACCAGCACCCAGCUCCCCGCCGUCGGCGUCGGCAGCCUCGCCGUAGCGCCGCUCGCCUGCCGGGGCAGAGAUCAGCGCACGCGCCUUAGGAUAUCCAGCGCCAGCACGGCCAGCACCUACGACUCGGCCUGCUGCUUGGCUGCCCCUCUGGAGGAAGAGGAGGACGACGACGACGAGGACGACGGUCGCAGCAGUCGUCUGGGCCUCAACUCGCCCAGCAGCCACAAGAGUUUGGACUUGGACUCCGGGUACUCGGAGGCGUCGUGGCAGGACGAGGGGGUGGUCCUCAGGAGGACGAGGAAUGUGCGCGUGUCGUCCUCGGCCUGCCUCCGCACCAACAGGGCGGCGAACGGCCGCGUUCGGCCUAAAUCGACGUCGGACGCUUGUCUAGAGAGGUGGACGUCCUUCGAGGCGGGCGACCCGGAAGACUGGGCCAACGCUUUGCUGACCAGAGGACGCAGCCGGCAACCUCUGGUUCUGGGAGACAACAGCUUUGCGGACCUCGUAAAGAACUGGAUGGACCUACCCGAUUGUCCCGAGCCCCCCGAGCCGAAAUCCAAACCCAGACGCAGACUGGGAAGAAGCCUCUUGGGCAACAUGCGGAGGAAGUUAGCCGGCUUGUCAAAGAGCGUGGAGGAGAGAGUGAGGAUGAGGUCGGCGGACUCUCACCUCAGCAGAACCGCCAACGCGCCCAAGCGUCUCUCGUGUCCCGUCAUCUCGUCCGAGCCGAGGGUCCCCUUUUUCCACCAGUCCCACUCGGCCAUUCACGAGCUGGACACGGACUUUUACAACUUUGCUGCCCUCAUGAAGUCGGGGAGCAGGCAGCCUAUCAUAUGCAAGGACAUCGUUGGCUAUGUCUGACACACAGAGUCACUUUAUUUGUGUUUGAUGUCAUGUUUCUCACAUUUAUAUCACUGACUUGAAAGAAUGAAGUCCUAUUUAAAUGAUCUGCAGUCAUAUACAGUGAAUGCUCCUACGCGAAGGACUGGAAGUCAAUGUGUGCGGGGCUCGUUGAAGGAACAAACUGUACUGUUACACUGAAAAUAAAAUCGUAACGAUGAUCAUUG